UUUGCAGGAUCUCCUCUAUAUCGGCAAUCAAGCACGAUCGAAAAUAUUCGAAUUCAAUAUAUGCCUACCAGAUGUGCUCUACGAUGAUGUUGUUGAAAUUGACGAACGCAUUGUUGUGGCUGAUGAAACAUGUCAACUGAAUCUAAACGCACCAAAAGCUAGGGCAACCAAUUUAGAGGAGGUAUUGGUAGAGAAAGAUCUCGAUAAAAAUGAAGUACACGAGCAACUGAAGCGAAUUUAUGCCAAAGGAAUUCGCUCUCUAGGCGUUGUAUUCCUUCAUUCAUAUAAGUUAGUAUUACAGCGUUUUUUGCACACUUAG